AAGAGAGCGCACGGUGGCAACUCAAAGAACAGACUUUGGGCAAGGUUCAGAAACCGGUGGAGCUCAACAUGUCACAUUUCUAAUGCUGGGUUACGGUUGGAACCAAACCUACUCUCACCCGAACACCGAUCGUGCACGACUAGUCCUCGAACUUGUGGAUUUGGGACGAAAACUGCGACCGGAGGCACAACGGCGUCGCUGCUUGCAGUUUGAAACACAGCAGGGCGGCUUGCGGACUGAGCGCGUUCAAGAGGAAGAGAGGGAGAAGGGACUUUUUUCAGAACCAUGAGAGAAUACAAAGUAGUGGUUCUCGGAUCUGGCGGGGUUGGCAAAUCCGCAUUGACUGUGCAAUUCGUAACUGGAUCCUUUAUAGAGAAAUAUGAUCCCACGAUAGAGGAUUUCUACCGAAAGGAGAUCGAGGUGGACUCGUCGCCUUCCGUUCUGGAGAUACUGGACACGGCGGGGACCGAGCAGUUCGCCUCCAUGCGAGACCUGUACAUCAAAAACGGGCAGGGCUUCAUCCUAGUCUACAGCUUGGUCAACCAACAAAGCUUCCAAGACAUCAAACCAAUGAGGGAUCAGAUCAUUCGGGUGAAACGGUACGAGAGGGUGCCGAUGGUUCUGGUCGGGAAUAAAGUGGACCUGGAGGGCGAGAGGGAGGUCUCGUCCGGGGAAGGGAAAGCGCUUGCGGAUGAGUGGAAUUGCCCGUUUAUGGAAACUUCAGCCAAAAAUAAAGCCUCGGUGGACGAACUGUUUGCAGAAAUUGUCAGACAGAUGAACUAUGCUUCAGCACCAGGCAGAAGCGACCAGUGCUGCUCGUCUUGUGUUAUUCUUUAAAAAGAGAAUCUAAGUUACAAUUUUUUCGCAUUUCUUAAAUUUGCAAAUGGUGUGUUGCAGGUAGUCUGUACUGUUGAAUUCUUCUUCGUGGCUCACCUUGGACUGAAUUAAGGAAUUCCGCGAGGGAGGAGGGGAGCAGGGAGGGUGGGGGCCACUCUUCAGGAAUUCCGCUUGCCUGGAGUAUCGUUGCAGCAAACUCAAUGUACACCAUUGAUGUCAACAGCUCAGCUGAGUUAGCAACCCCUGUCUCAGCUUGCGCUCCCAGCUGGAACUUAUCCCCAACGGCAAAGACGUUGAGACUGGGACCUGAAACGCUAUGGAUAUUCAUUUUAUGAAAAGAGGAUAUGACUAGAAAAGCAUAUUUUGUUAAUUUCUGCACAUUUUUGGGGGGGGGGGGGGGGGGGG